CCACCAUUCAGUCCACCCCCACCACCCCCACCAUUCAGUAACAGUCCACCCCCACCACCCUCACCAAACAAUCCACCCUUACCACCCCCACCAUUCAGUCCACCCCCACCACCACCACACAAUCCACCUUCAUCACUUUCAUCAUCUUCAUCA